AUGGCUGGAAUAAGACCAGAGCUGAGCAAACAUUAAUGUUAGGAAACAUUUGCAGAGGAUGGGAGCACAGGAGCUUGGAGAUGCCUAAACCACCUCCUAACUCAGAGAGGGUCAGUGUCAGAUUCCCAGGCUGCCGUACAGGAAUGCACAUGAUCUCUGUGUCUCUCCGGCUUGUUUUCUGCUCAUUCAUCUUUAAGGCAGGUGUUCUCCUGGGUCACCCACAAUGUCUCGACUACGGACCCCCUUUUAAGCCUCUCGUGCACUUGGAGUUUUGCUCUGAGUAUGAGACCUUUGGUUGCUGUGACCAGGACAGGGACAAUGUCAUAGCCGAGAAGUACUGGUCCAUCAUGGACUAUUUUGACCUCAACAACUAUCACAUUUGUGGGGGAUACAUUAAAGAUAUCUUGUGCCAGGAAUGUUCUCCCUAUGCAGCCCAUUUAUAUGAUGCUGAGGAUCCUCAUACUCCACUGAGGGUCAUACCUGGUCUCUGCUUUAACUAUUGCUCAGAGUUCCACUUAAAAUGCCAGAAUUCCAUCACUCUUCUUACUGAAGACAAACAAAUCCGAGAGUCCUGUGACAAGGGCCGGGACCUGUUCUGCAGUUUAUUGAAUCUACCAGAUGAAGACUACUGCUUCCCCAACGUUCUGCAUAAUACAGAACUCAACAACAAUCUUGGCUCUGUGGUUGAGGAUCCAGAAGGCUGCAUCAAGCUGUGCCUGAUUGAGGUAGCUAAUGGGCUGAGAAACCCAGUCCUGAUGCUUCACGCCAACGAUGGAACUCAUCGUAUGUUUGUGGCUGAGCAGAUUGGCUUUGUGUGGGUCUAUCUACCUGAUGGUAGUCGAUUAUACGAACCUUUUUUAAACCUGCGGAGAACAGUCCUUGCCACUCCCUGGCUUGGAGACGAAAGGGGAUUCCUUGGAAUGGCUUUCCACCCCAAAUAUCAAAACAAUAGGAAAUUUUAUGUGUACUACUCGAUCAUGGAUGAAUACAGAAAUGAGAAAAUCAGAAUUAGCGAGUUCCAAGUUGAAGAGCACGACAUAAACAAGGCAGAUCCAUAUUCAGAGAGGCGUAUAUUGGAGAUAGAAGAACCAGCUGCUAAUCACAAUGGGGGACAGAUACUUUUUGGCAAGGAUGGAUAUUUGUACAUAUUCACAGGAGACGGUGGGAAGGCUGGAGAUCCAUUUGGAAGGUUUGGGAAUGCUCAAAACAAGAGUGUCCUGCUGGGUAAGGUCCUACGAAUAGAUGUUGAUGGCAGAAGAGCAAAUGGAAAACCUUAUGGUAUCCCAUCGGAUAAUCCAUUUCUGUCUGAGCGUGGUGCAGCCCCAGAGGUCUAUGCAUAUGGAGUCAGAAAUAUGUGGCGUUGUUCUGUUGAUCAGGGAGACCCUGUCACAGGAAGAGGAAAAGGGAGAAUUUUCUGUGGGGACGUUGGACAGAACAGGUUUGAAGAAGUUGAUAUUAUCGUUAAAGGAGGCAAUUAUGGAUGGAGAGCCAAGGAAGGCUUUGAGUGCUUUGACCUUAAGCUUUGCCAGAACUCAUCGCUUGAUGACAUCUUGCCAAUAUUUGCCUAUGGCCACCAGGUUGGAAAAUCCGUCACUGGUGGAUACGUUUACCGAGGCUGCGAAUCCCCAAAUCUGAAUGGUGUCUACAUAUUUGGAGAUUUUAUGAAUGGACGGCUUAUGGCACUGCAAGAAGACGGGGUCACAGGUACCUGGAAAAAGCAAGAUAUCUGUAUGGGUGACUCUACUAUCUGUGCCUUCCCAAGACUAAUCAACAAGUACAGCAAAUUCAUCAUCUCAUUUGCAGAGGAUGAAGCAGGGGAACUGCUCUUUCUGUCUACAUCUCAGGCAAGCGCAUAUUCUCCCCAGGGGUCGAUUUAUAAACUUGUGGAUCCUUCAAGGAGAGCGGCUCCAGGAAAGUGUAAAUACAAACCGGUUCCUGUGAAAACCAGGAGCAAACUGGUUCCUUUUAUUCCAAAAGAAAAGACUGUUCUUGAAAUUGUCAACGAGAGUGUUAAACCUACCAAGGCACCUCGUAAAAAGACACCAACCAAAUUCCCCACUAAAGUACCACCUACACCAACCAAAUUUCCCACCAAAGUACCACCUACACCAACCCAAUUCCCCACUAAAGUACCACCUAUACCAACCAAAGUCCCCUCUAAAGUGCCACCUACACCAACCCAAUUCCCCACUAAAGUACCACCUACACCAACCAAGGUCUCCACUAAAGUACUAUCUACACCAACAAUAGCUCAUACUAAAGUAUCACCUACAUCAACCAAGUUACCAUCUAAAGCACCAUCUACACAAACAAUGGUCCCUACUAAAGUACAUCCUACACCAACCAAGUUACCCACUAAAGUACCACCUAUAACCACCAAGGUUUCCAAUAAAGUACUUCUUACAUCACCAAAGUUGCCCACUAAAGUACCACCUACACCAACCAAGUUACCCACUAAUGCACCACCCACAUCAAUUUUACUAUCACCAACGCCAAUUAAAUUACCUACAAAAAUAUCACUCACACUUACUAGUGUGCCCAUUAAGAAUCAACUUACAUCAGCCAAGUUACUUACUACAACACUUCCCAUAUCAACCAAACGGGCCACGAAAAUACCAUCCACAUCAACAAAUGUGCCAUCUAACACUUCAUGCAUUCUAACCCAUGUUCAACCCAAAAUGCUACCUACAGAAACCAGAGUGCCUAAUAAAAUGCCACCCAAACCAACCAGGAUACCAACCAUGUCAAUGUAUAUUACAAAGAAGCCUCCACUAAAGAAAAACUCUGCAAAGAAAGUCACUGACAAACGACCCACUAAGAGUCCGAAGACUACCAAACCUCCAAAGCCCCCCAAAUCCAAAACUUCUGUUGUCAAUCAACCCAAAAAGAAAGAGACUAAAACUGGGGUAAAUAACAAAACAAAGAAUUUGCCACCCAAAGCAAAAGAACCCAAAAAGGAGAAGAAGACUAUCAAAGUUAAGCAGCCUGUGUCACAUUACUUCCCGCCACAAAAGCCUAAGAAACAGAAAAUAAAGAAAAUGCAGAAAGAAGGAAAUGAGAAAAGCUAGAAUGAUCUAGAACACAGACAUUUGGAGUAGCACGCACAAAGCAGCAAUGGCUGUAACCUGGAAGGAUUCUUUGAUACUUCACAUUUGGACCAACACUGUGGAUUUUGCAGACAGAAUUCAAUACUUUCUGCUCAGGUCAUUUGGGAACUCUUUUUCAGUUUUUUACUGUCCAAAUUGUGACUGUUUAAGGCUCUGGUUGAUGAUUUACUUGUUGCUCUCAGGUGUUUUAAAUGUCCUUGCCUGACUGACAUUGUUUCCCAUUCAGUUCAACGGGUGCCACACUCAAUAUGGCAGCGGCAUUAUGAGAUAGGGACUGGUAGGCAACAUUUGCCUGGGAGAUCAUUGAAUGGUCCUUGGCUAACAUUGUUCCUUUCCUACACAGAAUGGGAAGUGAUGUCAGGUCAGAAAACGACAUUUACCACAAUGGGUCUCACUGAGAGCACCACAAUGCUCACCAUAGGGUAAAUUACAAUGACCUUGGCGCAAGUGCACUAAGGGGCAAAAAAUUAGCCCCUUAUUUCUCAUUCAGGAAUUCCAGGUCUUGCUGUGCUCUGUCUCUGUACGUGCAGCUUUGCGUUGGAGUCAGAUCAUAUACAUUGGUGUGUGCUCCUUUACAAUGCCUUACAACUACCUGUCUUUCAAACUGAUUUUGACACAAAGCUGCAUGUAGAGAGACAUAUUGCUGAGAGGAGGUGUUGAUUACUUGACUAUUUCAGAAACGGCAUAGCAUUUUUAACUUACAACAUUUCUUUCUCUAAAUUUUCUUAUAGAACUGUAGAUCACUCAGCUCCUUUGCCCUUCCCAAAUCCUUUGCCCUUCCCAAAUACGUGACCUACAGUAUACUCUUAGGGCAGAACUACACAGACAACUUCUAUGUGUUUUCAGCGGAUCCGACGCACUGCGCCAAAACCCAGGUGUCAAAUUGUCAUCUGACAUGCGGUAUCUGCAUCUGAUAGUCAUGUCGAAUAAACGAUGCGACAAGA